AUGGCAUUCCGACGAUGGAGGUCUAGACACGCCUGCCAAUGUACAAAAUCACGACUACGCUUCUCCUCAACACUUCUCUUCCUUUCUAUGGUCCUACCCGAAUCCUCCCUCGCACAACUCACCGAUCAACCCUCACCAUCAGGGUCCGUCCCCAUAACAUUGACUAUAUCCCCAAGUGCUUCGUCCACCUCUCUAACCAGAUCCUCCAACAACACCAGUACUGGUGCUAUCCCCACAACACCCAUAACCCCGGAUGAUUCAGGAAUCCCUCCUUCUAUCCCUCCAGGCGACCCCUCAAUCACCGAUGAAGGCGCCCAUGUCUUCAACUAUUACUUUCUCAUAGCACUUGUCGCCGCCGUUUUCUUCGGCGUCUUUCUCCUCUACGCCGGGCGUAGGAAAAAGCGAAAAGCGGCCCUUCUACAGUCCCACAGUCGCCAGGCGUUGGCACAGGAUGUGGCAGGCUUCCGCACACGGCUAGGCAGAGCACGAAAUCACAAUGGGUCUGGGUUCAGGUUGAGAGGGGGUGGCAAUGGGCAUAUGGAAGAGGGGAGCUUAGAAGGACUUGACGAGAGAGGUAUGGCGCCGCCCCCUUAUGUGCCUACUUCGAAGCGGUCGAGCUUGAGGGGCGGGGGUGAUACCGGAGGAGAGGGAAGUGGUGCAAGUCGCGAGAUACGAGAAGGGGAGGGCGUCGAGCUGAGGACGUUGAGUCCAGAGAGAGAUCAAAACAGGAUGAGUGAUCCGCCUGGAUACGACGAACAUGCGGGAUCGCGGGUGGAGAACAGUGCGCAUAUUCCCAGGCCUAGCACGGCUGUUUUAGCUUCGGACAGGUAUGGAUCAACGGGGAGGUUACUCAACAGCGAUGGUCGUUCUUUUGAUGUAUAA